CCACUCGGUCUGCACGUCUGGCCGAGCUGCACGCAGGAACUGCGCCGACGCGGGGCGAGGCAAGAAGCGCGCGCCAGGCGGUCACGUGUGUGCUGCUAGCGCGCUGUCGACAAGCACCCCGCCCGUCCGUCUCCCGCGCUAUUUCCGUGGCCUCGGUCUGGCGAGUGGCCAGAGAGGAGGCGCUUCACCGGGCCUCGGCCCGUCCUGGAGAUGUGCUCCCGACACGCUCAUCGCCGGUUUACAAACCAAAGUACCGAGGCAACUAGACCUCCCUGUCUGCAGCCCCGCACGAGAUGGGGUACGGAAGAGAGAUGGAUGGCUGCGGCCAGUUCAUGAAGUACAGUCUGUUCCUCGCCAACAUUCUCAUCUUCGUGGGCGGCUGCGUGGUGCUGGGCAUCGGCGUCUGGACGCUGGUGGACAAGGCGCAGAUGAAUGCCCUGCUGGGCACCAACCUGUUCCUGGGCGCCGCCUACAUCCUCAUCGUCACCGGCGCCGUCGUCAUCCUCAUCGCCUUCUUCGGCUGCCUGGGCGCCAUCCGCGAGAUAAAGUGCAUGCUGCUGCUGUACUUCAUGCUGGUGUUCCUGGUGUUCGUGACGAUGCUGGUGGGGGGCAUCCUGGGCUACGUGUUCCGCGAGAAGGUGGGCGUGACCAUGGAGCAGGAGAUGCAGCGCUCGCUCAGCCAGUACCGCGGAGGGGAGCAGCACAAGGAGACCACGGACGCCUGGGACUACAUCCAGCAGAACGUGAAGUGUUGCGGGGUGACCGGACCCUCGAACUGGAUAUCCUACGGCGGGGUGCCGGCCAGUUGCUGCAAGCAGCGCGUGUUGAACUCUGCUAUCUGCACGGCCGUGCCGACCAACAUCUACGACGACGGCUGCCUGGAGAAGACAGUGAAGUUCGUGAAGGACCACGCGGCCACGCUGGGCGGUGCUGGGGUGGGAGUCGCGUGCCUCAUGAUCCUUGGAAUGAUCUUCUCAUGUGCGCUGUUCAACAUGAUAGAAUGAAUAUUCUGAAGAUAAGCUGUCCAACUCUGCAGUUAAAGUGCAUUUAUUUUUUAUACAAAUUAGGUCACGUGAUGACUAAAGGUGCCCGUGUUAAGUUUUGGACAGUUUUUUUUUAUAUUGAAAACUGUGAUGUGUUUAGAUAGUGUUCUUAAGAAUUUGUAUCUAUGUGUAUAUUCUUAGUUAUUUAAUACAUAGUGUUAAAGUUUAAUAUAGUGUAUAUUUUUGAUGAUUGUAACAAAACCUAUUUUCAGAAAACAAUAACUGUACAUUUAGACGUGAAAUAAAGUUUGUUAGAAUAAGUUGGUAUUUUUCACCCUUG